GUACAUUCUGAGUUUUUAGAAUAAAAGCCGUAAAAUUCACAGACACGAACUCGGAUUACAUAGGUAGUAUAUAUAGUUUAUACAAUUAGGUUUAUACACUUUAGAUCAUUGGAUAUCAUCUGGUUGCGUCAGCGAUUGGUGACAAUCAUGGAGAAACCUGUGCCAAUCAUAUUCUCUUGAAAACCAAUCUAUUUACAUCAAUGAAGCAGAGGAUUUAUUCUAGAUGAUCAUGUAAUACAAUAACUACAUAUUGUAUAUCAUAAUAUAAUUAAUAUAAUUGAUAUAUAAUAAUUCCCAAUAUAUAAAUUCCUUGGAACUGAACAAACGAAAAUCGAUGACGGUGAUGUUUCUUUGACUGCUGAGUUUGCUGAUCGAGACCGAGAUAGACUUUCUCUGGUGUGUGCUAGGUUCGUUGUUGUAACGUUGUUCCAUAUUUUUUAGAGAAAAUGGAGAACGAUGCUGGUGAAUUUGUGGACAUGUACUGUCCGAGAAAAUGCUCGGCAAGUAAUCGUAUCAUUCAUGCUAAGGAUCAUGCUUCCAUCCAGAUAGCCAUUGCUGAUAUAGAUCCUGCAACUGGACGUAUGACUGAGACAUCAAAGAUGUAUGCUAUCUGUGGACCCAUUAGAAGGAUGGGUGAAUCAGAUGACUGCAUCAACAGGCUGGCAAAGAAAGACGGACUCUUAGCCAAGUGAGUUUGUAUUAAAAUAAGAAACUUAUUCUGAAGGGGUGUAACAUAUUUAAGAUUAUUGACUUGUUAAAAUACAAGCAAUUGAAGAAACAUGAGAUUGAACCUGGAUUUUGUCAGUGUUCACGAAACAAUUAGUAUUUGAAUGUAAUUAAAAAAUUAAUCAAUAAUUGUCUUUUGAAUAGUAUGUAAUGUUAAUGGUAUCCACGAAAGUUAAAUGCUAUCAUAUUAGGUGGCUUCGAGUAAUUAUACAAAAAUAGUUUUGCAGCAUUUCACAUGCCUUGUCCUUACAUGCCAUACAUUCUUACGUAGACUAAAAUAUAAAAUAUAUCAGAAAAGUAGAGCUAUUAAAAUAGUGAGGAUGCUUUAAAAAACUAAAGAUAGGUGUCAACCUUCCUCUGUGGGUUGGUUGUAUCAGGGGAAGGAGCAUUCCCCAGCACAGUGAUCUCCUGGUAACACUAUAAUAAUUUCUGUGAAAGUUCUAAUACUUGGUCCUGGUAAUGGUAAUAAUUGACUUACACUUUUAUGAUAGUAAAUACUCCAGUCUACUUUGAUUAUAUUUCAAGUUAAGCUAAACAAAGAUUUUCAUAAUAAAUCUGUGUUUGUAGUUCCUAAUAUUAAGGUUCUAUUAAGCACCUUAUAUCUCAGAAACCCAUGUUUUGUUUUUGCCAUCGAAUUAAUUGUGGGGGUUUGCUUGCUAGAUGGUGCAUCAAUAGAUAAUGAAAGAUCCCAUGAUGUUCCCAAAACCAUAUUUAAUGCAUCUGGAGAACAAAUUAUGUUUUGAGAGCGUCGGCUUCCACAGCCGGAGUCAGUAUGUACUUGGCUGACCAGGGCACACUGUGUCCAAGUACCUUGGACGUGGUGUCUCCCUGGCAGCCAAGUACUUACAUAUUUCCAAAUGGCCACUGGGCCAAAGAAAAGAAAAGCGUCUAGAUGUGCGAGAUGUAUUCUUUUGCCCUAGAGAAGACUGUUUCCAUUUGUAUACUCUUAUCAUGGUAAGUUUUGAAGAUUGUCUGAUACAUUUCUUGAUACCAUGCUACUAAAUGAUUGUAGUUUAAGUCACUGAAUUAAUUUUAAUUUAUUAGAGCAAACCUUCAAAGUGAUGGGUGCAGUUUUUCUUGCAAAUGCGUUCGCCUCUGUUAAAAAUAUUUUAAUUCUAAUAUUUUUAUUUAGACUAGAUAAAUUUUUUCUUCAUAUCAAAUUUGUAUCAGUGUAUUAUUUGUGCACUCUGAGUCGUGUACUGUAAUAUUUACAAAGUAAUUUCUCUUGUUCCAGAAACUUCUAAUGAUAUACUUC